AUGAGUCUUUACUUUAUGGCAUUAUUUGGCCUAUUGAUAUUAGAAAUGAGUGUUCUAUUCAUUUCUGUCUUACCCCUACCAAACAAAAUUCGUAAGGGGAUAUACAAAGCAUAUUUCAAAACCACUUCCAGCCAAGAAUCCAAAACAAUCAUUAUCAUCUUAAGUGUGUUGGUAUCAUUAUUAUUUAUUGAUUCAUGGAAAAGGUCUCAAUUCAGAGUAACUACGUACCAAAGUAAACAAUACCAGAAUGUCCGUCGUGGGGGAAGCGGAAAUGAAGGCAUCGAUGAUGCCCCUGUAACACCCUUACAGGCAUUGGCUUCAAGAGCUUAUAAUCAAAGAAACGUUUAUAUUUCUGGAUUUAUAUUAUAUUUCUUAGUGGGUAUUCCUACCGUGAUGAGCAUUGUAAGAAGAUUGGUCAAGUAUGAUGAUUUGAUUAAGGAACAAAAGAAAAUUACUGAGAAGACAAGUAUUGCAGAUGAUACAAAAAUCGGAGAUACUCCUUCAAGCAAAGAAAUUGAGGGAUUAGAGAAUGAUUUGUAUGAAAAGAUGAUCUCUUUGAAAGGUUUACAAAAACAAAUUAAACAUUUGGAGAAUUAUUUUGAUGAAAUGAAUAAACCUUUGCCGAUUGUAAAGAAGGAGGAAGUUAUUUUGAAGAAAGAUAUUUGA